GUACAAAAUUCACAAGGUGACGAACAUGAUGCUAUAACACUUUUAGAACAACUCAAAAUAAUGCCAACAACUUUGAAACACAACAUUAUUGAUUUCCAUCACCCACAUUAUCCUACUACUACGUACGACAUUCAAUCCAUACUUCACGUUGGUUGCAUGGAAAUCCUUGCAAAUUGAAUCUCAGCCUUAAGAGCAUACUUUUAUUUUUAUCCAUCCAUGUAUGCACCAAACCUUUUCUCAACAUAUCUUACCCAAAACUAAAUUUACCACCUCCACCAUUAUUUCCUUUAAUUAUAUUCGACCUCGCCAGUUCCCUUCAAUGGCGUCGCCGCCGUCUCUCCGCCGCCGUCUCAUUGUGUUACCAUUAAUGUUCAUCAUAACCCUGCUUCCCCAUGCACAAUCGAAUCUCAGCCCCGACUAUUACAACAAGACGUGCCCACAAUUCACGGAGAUUGCACAGAGAAUCAUCGUCGACAAGCAGCUCUCCACCCCCACGACGGCAGCCGGCCUCCUCCGCGUCUUCUUCCACGACUGCAUGGUCGGCGGGUGCGACGCCUCCCUCCUCAUCUCCUCCAACUCCUUCAACACCGCCGAGCGCGACUCCGACCUCAACCGCGCCCUCCCCGGGGACGCCUUCGACGUGGUGGUGCGCCUGAAGACCGCGCUCGAGCUCGAGUGCCCGAACACCGUCUCGUGCUCGGACAUUCUGGCCGUCGCGGCCCGCGACCUGAUCACGAUGGUCGGCGGGCCCUACUACGACGUCCGGUUCGGGCGGAAGGACAACCUCGUCUCGCGCGCCUCGGACGUGAAGGGCCACAUCGCGACGCCCAACAUGACCGUCGACGAGAUCGUCUCCACGUUCGCCUCGAAAGGCCUCGACGUGCGGGACCUCGUGACGCUCUCUGGGGCCCACACCAUCGGGUUCGCGCACUGCUCCGAGUUCGCCAACAGGAUCUACAACUUCAGCGAAACCGCGCCCGUGGACCCCACGCUGCACCCCACGUACGCCGAGGCGUUGCAGAAGCUCUGCGCGAACUACACGAUCGAGCAAGGGAUGUCGGCGUUUAACGACGUCAUGACGCCCGGGAAGUUCGACAACAUGUACUACAAGAACCUGAAGAAUGGGAUGGGGCUGCUAGCCUCGGAUCAAGCCCUGGUUUCUGACCCGAGGACCAAACCGUACGUGGACCUAUACGCGGAGAACCAGACCGCGUUCUUCGAUGCGUUCGCCCGCGUGAUCGAGAAGGUGAGCGUUUACGGGGUCAAGACGGAAAAGGAUGGAGAGGUGAGGAAGAGAUGCGACGCUUUCAAUAGUUUGCAAGGCGACAAUGGCGAGAAGGGGACUCAUCAAAGCUUAUAAGGUUCAUGCAUGCAUAGGGUACAAUAGAAAUUUGGGACAAGUGUUAUGAGCGUAGUAUAAGCGAUCGAUCACACUCUUCAUACACUUACAUAUGUAAUGCUGAUUUAAUUAAAGUCAUACUUUGAUUUAUCACGCUUUUUCAGUCCAACAUUUUAUUUAUUCAACCAUGAGUAUGUACAUUUAUGAAUAAAAUAGAUGCUAUAAA